ACUUGAGACCCUUGACAGUUGACUAACUUCUCUUAGUGACAAUGGCAAGUCAAGAUAAUUCAGGAUGGAGCCCUCCAGAGGACGCUACUGAUUCAACUCAGAAGAUUUGUGCUCCGGUGAAGCUUCAAGUGGAGAUAGAAACCAGCCAAAACUAUGGGGUGUACAAAGCAGUGCAAUACCGGAAACAAAUGAUGGGAAGAAAGAACUUCACCAUAAAGGUCUCGGUUGGAGGGGAGAGCUACAUUCAUCUGGGUGUUUUCCAACAACUUCCUGGUGAUGGAGGAAAGGUUGAGCUGGUCAACAUUGAAGUGGGAAAAACCAAAGACGACCCCCUCGGCACUUUUUAACGUUGACAUGACCUUUUUCAACAGUGUAAUACUUAAAGGCAGCAGUCUGAUAUUAAAAUGCUCUUCUUCUUUAUCCUGAAAUGAUUAAACAAUGAUUUUGAAUCUGUCACACAGAGAUACAGAUAUUUGGUGUUGGGUAGCAGCAAGUUGAACGCAUUCCUUUUAAAUAAAUAAUAAAGAAAGCAUUACAAAUCUCAAAA